UGUCUGAUCAAGAUCAGAUCAACAAAAGAAACCCCAAGUUCUUGAUCAGAGAGAGAGAGAGAGAGAGAGAGAAAUGGCGUACAUUCCCACGGGCUUGAUAUCCAACAUUCUCUCGAGGUUGCCGGUGAAACCACUUCUCCGCUUCAGGUGCGUUUCUAAGCCUUGGCGUGACCUCAUCGACGACCGCCAUUUCAUCAGAUCGCACAUCAAUCGGUCAUUCGAAUCCAAGAACAAUCUCAGUGUCAUGCUUUGGUACGAUGAUAUCUACUCCCUCCCGUUUGACUCGCUCAACGAUGCUGUCACUGAACUUGAUUGGCCUUUCAAGUAUUCGGUCGACAAAACUUAUUUUUUAGGUUGCUGUGAUGGUCUGGUGUGCUUGGGUAUUGGCAAUGAAAAUGCGGUUAUUUGGAACCCUGCGACCCGAAAAUAUCGAAAAUUGCCCGUUGCACCGAUUGAAUACCCUCAGGGUUAUGUUGGUGAACCGGAGAUAUUGUUCGCCAUCGGGUAUGAUUCGGUCGCUGAUGAUUAUAAGGUAGUGAAGAUUACUAGUUGUGAUUUUAGUAAAUAUGAUUCGGAAGUAAGGGUUUACAGUAUGAAGUUGGAUUCCUGGCGAAGGGUUGGGGAUAUUCCUCGCCAACAUUAUAUUCAGUGGGGUUAUGGAAGGCUGAACGUGUUUGUAUGUGGUUCUUUACACUGGAUGCUUGGUCCAGAGCAUUCGAUUGUUGCUUUUGAUAUGGCGGCUGAGGAGCAUCGAUUGCUGCCGGGGCCCGAGUGUAAAAAUACCUGGAUUCCGGGGGAAUUGGGAGGGUGUCUGUGUAUAUUUGACAAUUAUGUUGGACUCCGUAUUGAGGCAUGGGUGAUGAAGGAUUAUGGCAUGAAAGAAUCAUGGACUCGAAUGUUCUCCAUUCCCCAUGAUUGUCCUUUGUCUUUUGAAAUGGCGGUUCCCUUGACUUAUUCGAAGGACGGUGGCAAAGUUCUAUUGCUGCAAGACUGCGAAAAGUUUGUGUGGUAUGAUAUUGAACAUCAAGUCAGGGAGGAUAUCGGUACCCUUGGUCUUUUAUGGGAGUAUUUUGAGGCAAUGAUGUGUGUGGAAAGCCUUGUUCCUGUGGAAGGAGGUGAAAGUGAUGAAAAGAAUAAUCCAUUGAAGAGGCUGAGACAAUAGUUUAGACCUUAGAGCUCAUUAUGCUUGUAGAAUCACGCAUCAGAAACUGGUGCAGCAGCAGCGGGGUAGUGAUUUUUCUUUUGAUGAUUCAAGGGUUUGGUUUAUUGGAAGUUUCUCUGUCAAUUGUAUGACCACAAUGGAAAGUUGAAUGAUAUAGUUGUAAAGAAAAUAGGGACUCGUUUCAAGUUUUAAUGGGGACUACUAUAUGUUUUUGUUGCUAAGAAAAUUAGAUCUUACCCUUUGAAA